GACUGAAGCUAAGCUAGCUGGCGCGUGGAACCUGUUGCCUGGCAACCUGCUGAAUAUUGUCUGUAUGUUUGUCGAUAUUGUUCAAAGAAAAACAACCGUUGCCUGGCAACGAGAGCACCACAAACUACUUAAACUAGCUUAAAGCAUCGAAAUGAAGUCUGUUAAGUUUGGUAGAAGUGUGUCGGCGUGCGAGCUGAACUAUAAAACGGCGGAGGGAUGUCUCAGCAUGUGCGGGAUGUGUCCAUCUUGCGUUUUUGCCCCCAAUCCACCGGGCUCCAUUCACUGUUUGUGGAAGGUGUCGGAUGAAUUCAAGAGGAGAUUCGUGGUGGAGCUGCUUUUACGGUGUAGAAACAUCCAAGUGCUCCAAAGAAUCCAGAGUGUGCUGGGUGUAACAUCAUGGACUUUAUUCACUUACGCCAGGUCAAGGAGCCCAACCUCACCUCAAGAUUACCCCUCCCGCAGUAACGUUACGGACCGAGCGCUGUAUGGGAAACCACUUGGCAUGGACAUGAAUGGGAUCUGGAACUGGUUCAGUAGCAGCCCUGACUGUAUAAAAGCACGCUAUCUUUGCCGUCUUUUUUCACUCUGUGACUCGGAGCUAUUACGCAUUGUCGCUAAUUUAACCAGCGUGCUUCUGGUCAGACAAAAGCGAGGGUUUCUGCAAUUUAAUGUGAGUAGUCGCAAUACCAAUCAACAUGAUCAAGACAAUGAUGAAGACUCAGAUGACCCUGCUCUUAUGGUAGUGCCUGGAUCCUCAAAGUCUGUGUCUGGAGUCAGCCGAUACCGAGACUUCAUAGGCUGCCUACCUGUUGAUCUGUCAAAGAGGAUAUUAGGUCUGUUAGAUGAGCACACUUUGAGACGCUGCCAGAAGGUCUGUCGAUACUGGCAGCACCUUGCACAGGAAACCGUGGAGGAAAUCAAGUUCAGAAGAAUUUUUCAGGAUCAAAUUAAUACAAUGAUGAAGAGGUGCAAAGGUAUUAAUAUAGUAAGUCCUACCUACGCCAACAUAGUCGAAGUCCCUGUACCUGUCAAGGAUGAUGAGAAAGUGGAUAUUCAUCCUAGUGUCCAAAAGGUAAAGCCAUUUGAAGCUGCUUAUGCCAAAAUCAAAACUCAGACAGUGCAAAUGGAAGAGCGAAAUGUUUAUUGUGGUGCAUAUUUCACCAAGGUGCUGCUGAACAAAGAAGAUCCUCAUCGGGUGGUGGACUACAGAGGUGGAUCGUUAAUGGCCACGGGCUCCAAGGACCGUGUGGUGCAUCUGCUUUAUGUGGCGUCAGAAACCAAAGUUGUGUCCGUGAUGAAGGGCCAUGUUGGCAGCAUCCGGGCAGUGCUGCUCUGUGAGGACAGAGACGUGGUGAUAACUGCGAGCUGCGACUCAAGUAUCAGGUGUUGGAAUUUGAAGACAGACAGGUGUGUGAUGGUGCUGUAUGGUCACACUGGCACUGUCAACUGCCUGGAUGUCCAUGCUGAUAGACUCGUCUCAGGAGCUAAAGACUGUCUAGUAAAAGUGUGGAGUCUACACACAGGGAAGCAUUUUGAGGAUUUUAAUUUCAAGCACCCCAGUUCUGUCCAAUGUGUGAGGAUCAACACAAGAACAGUAUAUAGCAGCUGUGAUCGGGGCCUUGUCAAAAUCUGGGAUAUGGAGAAUGCAUCACUGCUCAGGGUGAUUGAUGCCCACAGGAGCUCAGUGAAGUGCCUGUUCUUCGACGAAUGGCACUUUUUAUCCGGGGACUCUAACGGCCAGGUCAUGGCCUGGAGCAUCAACUGUGACGCUAACCAGUGUCUUAUGACCUUCAACCACCCAAAGGAGGUAAAAUCUCUGACUCUCAUCUACCUCCGUGUCGUUACCGGCUGUGUGGAUGGAAAGAUUCGCGUAUUUAAUUUCCUCACUGGAGAUUGUCUGAGAGACAUCAUGGCAGGGUCUGAAACAGGCCGAAUACUGUCCCUGCACUUCCAUGACAACAGUAUUUUAGUGAACACGACAUCCAGUGUAAAGCGUUACCAGUUUGCCAAAGUGUUCUGGGAUUACACAGAGUCAACAGAGGGAGGCCAGCGUGAUGUGGUGGCUCAGGAUGGUUUGGUUUCUGAGAAACUUUCCACUUCGCUCAGAAAGCUUCCCUUCAUCUCUGUCGGGGCCGAGCACACGGCACAGGUGGCUUCACCCAGCCAAAAGAUGCAGGACUGUAACGACAAGAAACCAGAGAGAGCUGAGCUGCUUUACCACACCUGCUUCCUGUCUACCCCCACUAAAUGUCGAGCACAAGCCAGAGAGCGCUGUGACGCUGCUAAACAGUCGGUGAUUCUGAGUGAGAAGGCAACAAAUGAACGGAUGAAGAGGAGGGGUCUUCAUCAUCCUCUGACACGUGACUCCAUCCUCCUCAGGGUCAAUGCCAUCCAGAAGGCGCAGUGCACGGAUGAAGUCAGCAUCAACAUGGAGCGCAACGCUAAGCUGCGAGAUUCCUGGGGUCCUCACACGUCUCAGGAUCCUCUGCACUCCGACCUUCAGGCCCUGAAACAGAGCCAGCAGACUCAGAUAUGUCCUCUGUGGCACACACAUGAUGUUCAUCCCAGGAGGGCCAAGACCUGUGUGCCAAUUUUAAAGAGAGCCGUCAGUCAAAAUAUGACAAACACAAUCCAAGAAAGAGAUGUUCCUAAUGUCCCUGACACUACGACGAGACACCAUCCCUGUUUAUUUUCUAAAAAAGCACAGCCUCGCAGUGCUGACACACACAGGGCAAUCAAGAGAGUGAGUGGAUUAACUACAUGGGCCACAGAGGGGCCACGGGCUCCUGCGUGCAUGCUCAUGAGAUCGCUACCUAAUCCAGAAUGCUCCAUGAAAACUAGUACCAGCUUGCCCAGGAUCAGCCCUGUGGGUCCAUUCAGAGAACAGGGAGGAUUCAGGCCGGAAGACUGUGUCCGGACCAAGAGGGAACUCAUGCAGAGCUGUGAGCAAAAACUAUCCAAGAGGGAUAAGAAGCAGGAGAAAACACUGCGAAGAAAGUCACAUGUGCAAUAAUAGAUGGUAUUUUUUUUAUAUGAUAUAAUGUGUUAGCAGAACUCUAUUACCACUGCACAAUUAGUGUUCUGAACAUAUUUGUUUGUCCAAGGCACCACAUUUUUAAAUAUGUUUCAGUAAAUCUCCACUAGGGGGCAGUAUUGUAUCAUCCGAUUGAGGCUGGAUGAUGCCCCAGGGUUAUUAAACAGUAGUUGUGCAGUAUACUUUAGGAUUUCUUUUCAUUUCACAUAGCUUACUUUUAUAGUUUGAUUGCAUUAAAACUUGUGAAAUAAAAAGUCGUAUUUUCAUAUUUUUACAAAAAUGCCUUUUCAAGCAUGUAUUCUCAGAUUCCAGCAGUUAUAAUAAUCAGUGCCUCCCACUUAAUACCUGCUGGUUCUACCAGAGUGUUUACAUUUUUUCAUAAGGAGAAUAUUCUCAUCUACUCAUUUUCCUUAAGUUAAUGAAUCAUCCUGAAAAACACUCAGUCUCCUUCAUCAAUCAAGCAACAACAAAUCUCUGUGGAUUUUUAGCUUCUGCUUUACUUCAAACAAGAUGAGUGAAGUCAUCAGAAUGAGAGGAGUUUGUCCCAUCCAGAGAGACCUUUCACCCUGCCACAUGCCCUCUAGCCCUGGUGCCUCGAGGGCAUCAUUAGGGACGAGGAGGUUGAAGAUCAGGAAGAAGGUCCUCUGCUUUGACAGCAGCAGCACAACAGCUGGGCACCCGUGAAUAACAAAGGGUUAUGAGGAGAACUGACUGGGUAAGACGUCCCACUUUGGAGAAUCUCUUCUUUCAGGAGCGCACUGCUGCUAAUUAAUUUGAUCUGCAGAAAACUGGGGAUAAUGGUGUCUCCCCCUUUUUUCUCCUGUGGCAGUGUGACGUAGGGAGACAAUGCAAUCCCCUCCUGCCACCCCAAGCUCAGCUUAGCUUCAUCAUGCAGCACAGCUCCCCCAUUGUUUCAUCAGGUAUGGAGUCUCUUGUCCAGGACCGGCAGAGCUGCAGGGGGGAUAAUGAGCGUAAAAUCAAAGUUAGAAAAGGGAAAGUCUUCAUGGAGGAAUGCUCAUAGACCUUCUGCUCCUUUGAGCAGGCCCAAGGGUUGGCUGGGGAGAGAAGGGUGCAGGUUUAUUUAUGCAUGAGGAGAAGCUUGAAAGAAACGACAGUUAACCCUCUCACAGUGAAAGAAGGUUUUAAGGGUUGGCGGUUCGUGAGAAGGCGACAAAAGACGUUUCAGUAUGACCCAGCUUACCUUUGCUCUACAUGGAUCUCCAUCUCCAGAGGCAGAUAUUUGCAUCAUAGUUCAUUUGUCAAAUUCAUUUUUAAUUUUUUGUCAUGCUGUGUCGGCAGCAGGUUUGAACUCUUAACUCGGUUUAGACUAGAACCCUCUUUCCAGACCAGGUCAGUCCAAGCCAGUCAUGGUAUAGAAUAUGAUUAACCAAAUCACAAUCUGCAUUAUUUUGUGUAUUUGCAUGUCACUCAGACUUGCCCUGGAGCUGUCCAGAUAUCACACCGUUACCAGGUCUAACGAGUUGGGCAUCAGAUGCAAAAGCUCAAUGAAUAUGCAAAUCACACCAUUCUCAUGGGGAACUGACUGUGAAAAGCACAGGGACUAAAUCCUCCCCAUUGUGGGAAACAUACUCUGGACAUUGUUCUGAAAUGCAGCCAUAUACUGUGCUCUGUCCAAACUGUUGGAGAACUGAAGCUAAGCUUAAACAAGAAUCAUAACGAACAACUUCAAGGCCUGACAGAGCAGUGACAUCAACACAUGGGAGCGACGACAAGUGCCUUGAUCUUAGGACUGCUUUAAACGCCAGGCCACACGGCCAGCUCUGUUUCCAACCGUCCCCUGUUAGGAUUCAGUAGAGCCAGGCUGGAAACAAGAUCCAUAUGCCUUUCUGACCUCAUUUGCAGAUAGAGAUCAUAAGCGAUACAGCCCGAACUAAGGGAGGCAAUUAAACAGGAACACCAUUACCCAGAUAUGGGACUGAUUAACAUCCACAUCCAGCCAAGCCAAUAGAUAAGAGGGAAUCUGAUUGCUCAUUGAUUGGAUCUCGGUGAUGCCUCUGCAGUGGGCAGGUUCUUGUUUUCUAAAGUUGGACCUCGCUACGUUCAAGGGCCCUUGAUUGAGCCAAAAAGAGCAGAGUGAAACCACUGUGACCACACAUCAGAAAGAUGAUCAAAGAGGCUACUGCUGGCUUCUGGCUCCAUGUGUACAAGACUAACCCCAACAGAUGAUUGUGCUAAGUUGUUACUCACAGAUGGCUCAGUGCUAACACAUGUCAAAGUGCACUGAUAUGGGCUGUAGAGGUGACACCUGAAUUAGCUGAGGUUGAUGUAAAUGCUUCAUUCCAUAUAAAGAACCACUGUGUAAUCGGACUGUAAAGGUAGCAAGAUUUUCCCCCUGCUCUUGAUUUUGUUUGUGUUUAUUUCAUUAAGUUUAAACCUUUUUAUUUUCUCAUUUAAGAACUGACUGAUUGUACUGUGAGACCAUCUGUUUUUACAGCAUGACAUCUGGAAUGUAUUUUGAUAAUUGCAAAGAGAUUAUUUUCUAUCUGCAAGACCUAUUCUAUACAAAAGACCUAUACAAAAAUAAACAAAAACAAAAUCAAACACACCGGUGGUUUACCACCAGAAGCUAUGGCAUAGAUUACAUUUAAAGUUGGAUGUUUCUGUGCCAUUAUUGACAGACAGCACUGAUUAUUAGUACUUGUCCUCUGGGGGGCCCACUAGACCUGUUCAUAGACCCGUCCUAGUCCUGAAUGUUUCAAGCAAUUAUCAGUGCUUCGGCAGUUCAGUUCUCAUCUAUUCACUGUGUUUUGACUGACAUCUCACAGAGUCUUUGUUAAGAUAAUGUCUAGCAUUAACUGUAUGACCUCACAAUUAUUUAUAAAAAAUCUUGUAAUUAGUGUAAACUGCAUGUAAAAUUACACUGUACCAUCUUUAAUUAUAUUACUAUAAUUAAAUGCUCAUAAAAGAAAUAAGAGCAGAAUUUCA